AUGCUUUCCGCAGCUGGUCGACUGGCGCUGACCACAGCAGCAGCAGCAGCAGCAGCAUCUGUUCCUACUGCGACCAUGCAGACUGCUGCUUGGCGGCCGAGGCAGACGGCGCUGCUGUCGCUGCCGCUGCGCCAUGUGGCGACUGGCGGGAUUGCGCACGCUCGCCAGACACGGGCCACCGCACAACAGCGCAAACGCCUGGGUCCAGAUGCUACCGUUGCGUCGACCAGCGCCGAGGACGACGCGGCGGCAGCAGACAUUGGCGAGGGUGCGUUCGAUGCCGCCGAGCUGAAACACUUGGCCAAGACCGCCACUGCUAGAGCCGCCAGCAGCAGAGCGCGCUCCCAACCAUUGUCCGAGUCUCAAGCCACCAAGGACAAGGCAGAUCAGCGCGAACUGACCCUCGAAGAGCUCGAUCGCGAGGACGCAUCGGCACUGGAGCAGUUCACUCUGCCGCGAGGUGCACGCGAGCGUAGUGUGGCUGCGCCAAAGUCAACGCAACCAGCUGGCACCGCCGCAAGUCCCGAUGCACAAAGUGCAGAGUCAGCAUCGCUAGAGGACGUGUCGUCGUCCCCGGAAUCCAAGCCUCGCCCAAAGUCCGAUUUGUACGAUAACGCUCCGGAGGUGCUCGUUCGCAACCGCAUGCGUGUAACUUCGUUCGCCUCGCUUGGAUUGCAUGCAGGGCUGACGACACAUCUGGCCCAGCGAAAACGCGAGCCGUUUGUGACGCCGACGCCCGUUCAGCGCGCCAUUCCACCUCUCAUUCUGCGUGCAGCCAAGCAUGGCGGUCGUGGGAUUAUCGCCAUCAACACGCCUUCCGGAUCUGGCAAAACGCUUGCCUACCUCUUGCCACUGCUCUCACAAUUGGCUUGGAGCAUGACAGAACCACAACAACAACAACAGCAGCAGCAGCAGCGACCAUCGAAGCAACCCAAGCGCAACACUGUCUCCUUCAAGGCAACACCUGGAACAUCUAAACCCCUGCCGCCUCGCGAUGCCCCGCACAUUCUAAUUGUCACACCGAACGCUGAGCUGGCUACGCAAUUGGAGACUGUGGUUCAAGACUUGUUGCCGCCGGCUCUGCAUGCGCUGCCGCUGAAGAGCGUAGUUCACACCGUCUCGGUUGGCGGAGCGGCCGAGGAUGCGUUCGAAGCAUUGCAACGUGCGCGACCCAUGAUUUGCAUUGUUCCUGCAGCGCGUCUUGCGCACAUUCUUCCCGGAUACAGCAUGAGCGAAGUUGGCCACUCGAUGCGACACUCUGCCAAAGAGUCGUGGCUCAACAUCCAACGGCGCAUGAAAGACAUUGGCGCGGGGCUCUACAACCCAUGGCACGCCUCGGUAGUCGUGAUUGAAGAGGCAACCACCCAGCUCAGCCCCAUCGAGCUUCUCCAGCCUCAAGCCAAACGUCAAGAGCGCGUAGACAAAGCCCGAUCACUGCGAGUCAACAAGUCAGGCCAACCAGAGACUUCAGAACCUGCACGCAACCAUGAAGAUCAGGCAGCAGAAAACGCGUCGCGCAAGUCGCGGCGCGGAAACGAACCGCUUGAUCCCAUGCAUUCCUCACCCGCGCAAAUUUUUAUGCACAAGCUAGCCGAGCGCGUCCAACGGUCGAAUACACGCGCGCGGGAAUUGCGCAUGGCUGGUCGCUACCGUGACGGACUUCGAUUGCAACGAUCUCCCUUGCUUCUUUUGCCCUGCUCGUCAUUCCCGGCCGAGCUCGCGAACGUUCUGCCUCACUUCAAAGCCGAGCUCGGGUCGCUGAUGCUUUUGCGCCUUACCAGAGACAUGGCCUAUUUGAAUGGCAAGCCCAUCUUUUCGUUCAAAGUCAGCCAGCUGACUGAGGCUGCUCGUGUCGCAGCCGAGUUUGCUGCAAGCAAUCCGAGCGAUAUGGAUGCUCAGACUCGCGCCAAGCAGGCUCGAUUAGAUGCAAAGACCGCGUCGGUGGCUGCACGAGAGGCGCCGUCGGCUGUUGUUGACGCAGACUCGGAAGAUGCACGCAUCGCACCCUUCCCGUUGGCCCGGUCCAUUUCGCACGCAUAUUUGGUGGCUGCAAGCGCCGAUGCCAAGUAUCAGGCGAUUGCCGACAUGUGUCUGCACAAGUUUUUUGAUUCUGCCCUGCUGGUGUGCCACCCAGACGCCCCAACCCUGCGAAUCUCUGAAGCCUUCAAUAACGUCUUCCAUGUCCCAACCGUGUCCGCGUCUGGCCGACUCGGUGUAACUCCAGAGCUCCGGCGCCAGCUCAUGGAGCAGAUUGAAGGUGGUCAGGUCUCGCUUGUGGUUGAGAAGGUCGAUGCGUUGCGUGGCAUUGCGUUUCCGCCUCAACUGCGCGCAGCAAUCAUCACCACCCCACUGGCGGGCGAUGCCUACCGCACUGUUUGUGGUCGCAUGACGCACACCAACCAGGCAGCCGCCGUGUUGACUGUUUUGGUGCGUGACGAAGUGCCUCAAUUCCUGCACACGUUGUCUUCGUUGGGUAUUGUUCCCGAGCGAAUGCCACUUCCUCCGCCAUUCAAAUCCGCUUCGUCCAAGGUGGCGAGCGACGAGGCAGCCACACCAAGUACCGAGACUGCAGCCCAAUCGCCGAGCCACGCGGCAGCCACACCGAGUGCCGAGACGGAAUCAAAAUCGUCGAGUCAGGAAGCGGGCAAAGCGAAGUCGAAUAUAGAAGCAUCGGUUGCUUCCGCGCGAGGGCGACGAUUGUCACGACGUGUCAAUGUUUGAAGUAGCCCAACAACAAACCCCUCGAGCAUUUAACAGCCCCAACUCUGUCACUGAAUGCACUGCGCUUGUGUGUCGAUGCAUUGUUGAUUGUUUUUUUUUUUUUUUGGUCGUUCAAAAGAAAACAAGCAAUUACUCUGC